AGAAGCAGCAGCAGCACUAUCAGUCACAGCAGAGGCAGCAACGGCAACGGCAGCAGCAGCAGCAACAAACUCUCUCCUGUCUUUUUCUUUCCUUUCUGGAGUUGCUUCCUGCUCAGAGGACAAAAGCCAAGGAAGUAGAAGAGAAGUGAUCCGGGGCUGAUAGCUGCCAUUAAAAACAAAAACAAAACGCAGACCUGGCUGCCCCCAUGCCUAUCGAAUUUGUUUGCAAAAUCAAAUUUGCAGAGGAGGAUGAGAAGCAGAAAAGCAAGCAGGAUGGGGACAAGGAGAGCCUGAUCGAGGAGAGCUGCACACCUCCGGCUAAGGACUUGGCCGGAUUUGCUAACUCCUGCUCUCUUCAUGGGAUUAACCACAUCUUUGUCUCCGGUCGCCUGGGCAUCCGGCAGACUAUUUGGGCUCUUGCCUUUCUGACUUCCCUGGCACUGUUUCUGUACCAUGCGGCUAAGUGUGCCAUCUCUUACCUGGAGCACCCUCAUGUGACGGCUCUGAAUGAGGAGGCGAGCCAAGAGAUGGUUUUCCCCGCUGUGACCAUCUGCAAUAUCAACCGCUUUCGCUUCUCUGCGCUCACCGAUGCCGACAUCUACCACCUGGCAAACUUGACAGGACUGCCCCCCAAAAACAAGGAUGGGCACAAACCUACUGAUUUAAUGUAUCCCGCCCCUGACAUGCAGGACAUCUUCAACAGGACAGGACAUCAGUUAGAAGAGAUGCUCAAGAGCUGCAAUUUCAGUGGACAGAACUGUUCAGUCGAGGACUUCUCUGUGGUUUACACCAGAUAUGGGAAAUGCUAUACCUUUAAUGGCAACAAGACGACAUCCAGGAAAAGCAAGCAGGGUGGAAUGGGAAAUGGGCUGGAGAUCAUGUUGGAUAUCCAGCAGGAUGAGUAUCUGCCCAUCUGGAGAGAGACAAAUGAGACAUCCCUGGAGGCCGGCAUCCGAGUUCAGAUCCACAGUCAGGACGAGCCUCCCUACAUCCACCAGCUGGGCUUCGGCGUCUCUCCGGGUUUCCAGACCUUUGUUUCAUGUCAGGAGCAGAGGCUGACCUACCUGCCCCAGCCCUGGGGGAACUGCCGCUCCACCAGCAAAGAGAAGUUCCCGGGAUACGACACAUACAGCAUCAGUGCAUGUCGCCUGCUCUGCGAGACCAACGAGGUCCUGCGAGUGUGCAGCUGCAGGAUGGUGCACAUGCCCGGAACUGCAGAUAUCUGCCCUCCCAGUAAAAUCAACUGUGUUGAUAAAGCACUCGCCCAGCUACAGAAGAACAGUGGGGAUGCCUGUCCAUGCGAGACACCCUGUAAUCUCACCCGCUACGGUAAAGAGCUCUCCAUGGUCAAAAUCCCCAGCAAGGGCUCUGCUCGCUAUCUCUCCAGGAAAUACGACAAGUCAGAGGACUACAUCAGAGACAACUUCCUGGUCUUAGAUAUCUUCUUUGAAGCUCUCAACUAUGAAACAAUUGAGCAAAAAAAAGCCUACGAUGUUGCAGGUUUAUUAGGUGACAUUGGUGGACAGAUGGGCUUAUUCAUCGGAGCCAGCAUCCUGACAGUCUUAGAAAUACUGGAUUAUAUCUAUGAGAUGAUUAAGCACCGGCUACAACGCCUGCUGAGGCCCAAGAAAGAGGAGAAGAAGAACAAGAACAAGCCGCCGACCAGCACUGUUGCAACAGUGGGUCUCGAGGAAAUAAAAGCAAAGGAGCCGAAUGACAUGACACGGAGUCACCCAGAGGGGGCGUACGCCAACACGAUCCUCCCCAACCACCACCACCCUGUCCCACACCCCCACCACCACCACGCCGGGCACCACGGGGUAUUUGAGGACUUCGCUUGCUAGAACCAACCGUCGUCCUGGUGACGGCAAAAGAUUAAAAAAACGUCUGCGUUCAGAUCAAUAACGGACCCUUGGCAUUUCCGUCGCUCCUUUGCUGUCACCAGUGAAAAGCUCCAGCCAAAGUCUAACACCAAACUCGUGCUGCUAACAAAGCACUUGUACAUAUAGGCACAAAUUGGACACCGCUUUUUUUUUCUCUGGACAGGACACCUCUCAACUUUGUGCAUCAUGACCAAUUUUUGGUACAUGAUCACUACAACGGGACAAGAGGACUGUAUUUCACCUUGAUCAAGUUAAUACUAGAUUUAUUUAUUCAGCUAGCGUCUCUGAUUUAUUUCUGUCUGUAUCUCUCCAUUCAUCCCUUCUCCAACUGUUCCUCCCACUUCACGGAAAACACACUGUACCAUAGAAAGCCAUUACACAUUCUAAAUUAUGUAAUUAUUUAAAGAGAUACUAUUAUAUAUAUGUUCUAUAUUGUAUACAAGGUGACAAUACUUACAGAAAACAAAUCUUACUCGUGUUACAUCCAUCCAAAAUACGAGGGGAAUUAUUUAGGCUGAACUGUAGACCUUGGCUUUAGAUCUAGCAGCAUCUUUCCACAUGAUACACUUUGUCUGGUUUGUGGUUGAGGUGUUAGAGAGUAGCAUUGUACCUGUACAUAAAGUCCAACUUUAAAAUGAGAAAGUUCUAAAGUUCUGUUUCAAUGGUUGUCGUUUAUAUUCAGUUAAUAUAUAACUUAUGUAAUAUUAAUUUGAGUUAUUAAUAGAGAAGACUUUUAUAUGACAAUAGCGGUCAGGAUUGUAGCAAAUACUCACAUUUACAAUCUGCAGAUAUGUUAGACUGCCAAACAUCAAUCAAUACAUUUGUCCAGGAAACCAAAACGGACUGUAUGGAUCGUGACUAUUAUCUACAUUGUUUUCUUUUGUGUGUCCUGCUUUUUCCAAGACGACACACACAUCCUGGAUUAGGAGUUAUGUGUUCUAAGUACAACCGUUAUGAAAUGGUUGUACUUAGAUUCUUCUUCUUAUUCAAUGCAUUUCUGCCCACCGUCCACUCUUCACUUUGGUUAGCACCAUAACUGUAAGCUGACAUAAGCAAUAAGAAACAGAUUUUUUUUUUUGCUGAGUCAUCUCCUUCAGCUUGUGGGGCCUCUGUAGAAGUGCAGCAGCUAUUUACAAUAUGUGUGUGUGUGUGUGUGUGUGUGUGUGUGUGUGUGUGUGUGUGUGUGUGUGUGUGUGUGUGUGUGUGUGUGUGUGUGUGUGUGUGCGUGUGUUUGUUUGCAUGUGCACUUUAACAUUUUGCACACAUGACUGAGCACAUUAUAGGCUGAUGCGACUCUGUGGAAAAAAAAGGAAUGUUUGAAAAUCGACAUAGUUAGCAAAAAAAAGUGUAGAGUUUUAUUGCAGUAGUAAGGUUUUUAUCUAAUAAACGUAGAGUUAGGGCAGCGCAGAGUUAGAUUUCAAGAAUUGCUCUGGAAGCUGAAAUAUUCUUACUGGGUAACUUAAUCCUCAAUGGACGGGACAAAGACACUACUUUUUUUAAGAGCACAAGUUAGCAAAGUGUGAAUGAAAACUAAAAAAGGAGACUUUCACAUUGAUUCACUCAUAAUCAUGUCAUUACCACGGAGAGUCGGCUUGCCCAUUAGAACUUUAACAACACGUUACCCCGACUUUGUGAGGCUUUGGUUCUUCUUCUUUAGAACUAACUCUAUAAAUUGAGACAUUUUGGAUUUACACUGUUAAAAAAGCAACAACGGUCCUAACUAUACUGUCAUAUAAGUGGGACAAACCACAACACAGAAAGUAGUUCAGGUAUUAAUUUUCUUGCACAUUGUUACUGUCGGUGGUCAAAAAUGGGGUCCAGCUCUUUAAAACCACUUUGUAGUUCAGCAGUUUGAUCAUUUUAUUUUGUGUGUCGUCGCCAGAUGCUGAGACAUCUUCUUGUCCUUGUUUUGUUUUUAAUGGUACCCUCACCCAGACAUCUUUGUUUUGCCUAACAACCAUUUUUUCAGUGUUGUUCUUUUGUUUAUAUUGGUUGUCCUGUUUAAUAUAGAUUCAGUAGUAAAUUGGCGGUUGCUGUUGUUAUAGUCAUUUUUGUUAUGAUGUGACAACACAUCUUCUUGCACAUCACCAUUAAGUACUGAAAGUACCUGGAAUUUACAUCUAGCUUCAUCUCUUGCUCCAGGCACUCAAGAGGACCCAUGACAAUGGCUAAACGUUAAGUUUUGUUUAGUUCCUGCAGAGGAAAAUGGCUUUUGAUCUAAAUGUCUAAAUCUAAAUGAUAACAGGCUCUGGACUAGAUGGACAAAUUAGGUAAUCGAGACUAUUUGCCAUAACUUGAAAUGAUUUAACUGGACCUCACAAUUUAUUUCCUUUUUUCCUUUUUUCAAUUAUCAAUGGGCUUUAAUCUCAUAUUGCUUACAGUACAGACACACUUUAUAGAACUCUCUUAUUCGUCUUCAUUGAAGAAGCAUUGAGGAAUGUGCAUUCAGAAAUGAUGCAAUGCCAGAAAUGUGGUCUUUUUGAAUGAACUCUCAACCACAAAUACUUGACGUGUUGCCGUAUUAAUGCAGCAUAAUUUAUUACAUUUCCCCAUUCUCCACUAAUGUAUUCAGCAAUGCUGGGGUACAAUAAAGUGACUCACAUUCAGUUG